AAUGCUUGGUCCUUUAAAACCUGAUUAAAUUUAUUGUGAAAGUUUAUGAUUCUUUAAUGACUCAGGCUUUUAUGACUAUUCGGUUAAACUUACAGGAAGUCUGUGCUAUCUGUUUUCUUCUGUGUGAUGCACAGGGAAAUGUCACAGCAGAGGGUGUGCAGGAAAUAAGUCACGAAACACGACCUGCAACGACAUCUAAAAAAAGAGAAGAGAUCACUGAGGCUCUUGCUUCCUCUUUUGUACCUAUCUGCACGUAACCGGAGCGUUGCAAACCUGACAUAAUUCAUCAUUUCUUUUGAUGAUGCAAGAUAUUCUGCUGCGAGUGUUUGUGGUGGCUCUGGGUCUCCUAACAUAUCCAAGGGAGGACCCCGGGGUUGAGGAAUUGGACGAUUUCACCACAGUGGGCAUGCAGAAGCAUGAAGAGAGGCUGCUGAGAGAAGAAGAGAAAAUGGCCCCUGCCAACGAAGAAAUUAUGCAUACUGACAAUGGAGAUCCUCCUGAUGGCUUUUACCCUGAUCAAUAUGUUACUGAAAAAAUAACUGAUUUAGAAGAUGUGACUGUCACCAAACAAGAAUCAGAGGAAGACGUUGCUGACCACAACGUCAAUUUUACAGAAAUUCAACCACAAAAUCCCCAAAGUGAACCUGAAACAGUUCUGAAAACUUCCCAAAUUGCCCAGGAUCUUAGUGGAAAUGUACAGUUUGAUGAGAAAAGUACAGAAGACACCCAGACUGAUAGCUCUUUUCCAGAUCCAGGAAGCCCACAAGGACCACAGGAAAAACCUGAAGUGAUUGGUUCGAAUGAACAAGAAUCCCCUUCAUCACCCCUUCACACUGUGACAUCAGAAAAGAAAAGUUCAGAGAAGGACAUAGCUGACUGGGAGCGGGAUUACCUCUGGUACUUAUGGAAUGCACUCUCUCUAAUUUCCAUGAUCCGCUUCUUUAGGAAAUACCUCGGGAAAAAUUCCCAAAUGAAACAGGAAGAAACCAAGGCCUUAUCUGUGACCUGCACUUCUGCUGAAGUGCUGCUACCAGACAGCGCCACUCUGCAACAAUUUCAUUCUAAAUGUAUUCAAGUCUCAUCUGAUAAGUGGAAGGAGUUUUUGGAGGGGUUUGCAAGUGAUCUAUUGGAGGCCAUGAGGGCCGUCUGUGAUAUAAAUGGUGGUAUGGUGAUUGAAGACAUUCAGAUAGUUGACAUGUGCAAUAUCAUUGUCCCUUUUACCCCUCCAGAUCCUUAUAGUUUCAAGUGUCUGCUCAAUCAGGCAAGUGACCAGCUCCCAGAUAUGCAAGCAUGUGGUCAAAUCAAACUAGUGGAAAAUAAUACCAUACAACAUGGCUGCCCCUGCCAGUCUCCUAAUUCAGAGGACAUGGUGUGCUUACUGCAUUGUGAGACUGAGAAAGUAAAGACGAAAAAGAUUGAUGGCCUUCUCUGCGUGAAGAACUCCCCCUUUCUGUCAAAAUUGAAAGUUACAACAUGGUUUCAGAGCACCAUCAAACAAGCAUGGGAACAGAUUUCUCACAAGUAUGAGUUUGAGUUGAACAUUCGCUACAUCAGUGCUCCAGGUGCUCUGGUUGUUCGAUUUAGAUCGGGAAAGACGGUUAGCUUCAGAAUGAAUCCCGUCGUUAAAAUCCACACUGAUGCUCAUUUCUUCAUUAAUCCAAACUCCAAUGGCUUUGAUACUUUCUGGGCGCUCUCCUUGACCAUCUAUGAGGAUCGUUUCUUGGAGCACAUCUCUAAACGUCUGCCUGUAAACUCAUGCCACAGACAAACUCUUGAAAUUGCACAUUUCCUUCAUAAGAGACAGACCGCAAUUUCAGGAAAUAGUUCUCUCAGGAAUAUCCAUUUUAAAACUGCACUAAUGCAUCUCGUUUUUACCAAAGACCCAUCAGAGUGGAAACCCAACUUUUUGACUUGUAGGCUACAAGACUUAUUAGCCUUCAUGGAGAGAAGCCUCAAGAAAAAGCAGCUGCAACACAUUCUCAUUGGGAACCCUUUAAGGCAGAGGGUUAUUGAACUUCCAGCUGAAUUUACCCAGGCAAAGACAGUGAAUCUCUUCCAUCCCCUUGUGGCACACAACUGCAUCUACAGAAAUGCUGUGGUUCAUUUUCAGGAAAUGCUUAGAAAUGCACACAUGCUGAUUAAUGAUUAUGUCAAGUGUAUUGAGGGUACCAAUUGUGCCACUUAAAGAAAUAAUUUCACUCAAUUGUGAAAUUAAGUCUGGUUUAAAUAUUUUCCCUUAUAAAGCAAUGAAUGAGUACUGUCACAACUUCAAGAAUAGAACAGAAACAUCUAGUAGAGAAGCCAUUUAAAAAAAAAUGUUUUAAUUCUGACCAUUUUCACAUCACAUUUAUUUUUUUAAUAGUCUUGGUCCCAGUGCAUCAAGUAGUCUUUGUGCGCUGCCAUGCUGGGGUCCUCAAAACUGAAAGUGUCAGCAUCCAAGAACUUCAUACUGGGAUGAAGCUCCGCCUUUCCAUCUCUCUUGUCCAGGUCCACCUUCCAGAGUGAGUGGAGAUCAUAGUCCUAGUAGCUGAAAAACAAGAUUACAAAACUCAACAUUUUAGGGACAAUUAGUCAGUUCACAUGUUAAGUUUUUCUCAUUGCCCCUAAGGAUUUGGCCUCUUACUGCCUGUAAAGGUCAUAAAGUGAUGCUUCAGUUGCAUAAAUUCAUAGGGCCAGGUUGGCAUGAUUUCCUUAUUCAACACAAAAUGUCUGAACUUACCCUUAGGAGUUGCAGAGGAGCAGGUUGUUUCACAGCAGGUGCACACAGAAGCAUCCCCAUACAGCUCCUUCCACCUAAGCCGUAAAAAGAAAUUAAGAGAAAAAAAAAAAAUUAUGAAAAAAAAAGAAUCAGGUCUCGAAAUGCUAGCUUGAAAACAAGUGUAAGCAGAAUAAUAAAAUUAGCUGAAAAGCACAAUGCACAUUUGAUCCUUUAAAGACUUAGAAAGCAAGCUGGCUCCACCUGUGGAGGGAUUUACCUCACCACAGUCAACUCACUUCUUGGUAGCUGAAUCAUAGUUGCAAGCCUUUGACUUGGCAGUUGGAGUCACAGCCCCCAUGGAGAUAUCACAGUGCAUGUAGAGUUGCUGAAAGAUAUUAAGCCUUCAGAGUUAAUUCACACUUUCCGUUUAGAGAAUUAGAGCUGUGUAGUAGUUGAUAUUGACAGUACCUGUGAUUUAGAUGAAGUAGAAACCUUGUCCUUGAAAAUCAAGGCACUGAUGCUGAAUUUCUGAGAGAUCUUUGAGGUACCGGUGAUAAACUUUGACAGCAACGACACCUUGCUAUCAAUCAUGCAGCUGCAAAUAAAGAGUAAAGGCAUGUUUUAUGUAUAACAAAGAACACACAAGAUGCCCAUUUUUGUCAAAAAUAAUCCAAAUCUCACCCAUGGUUGUCAAUGACUGUAUAUUUCGGUGUCGAGGUAGAGUCUUGGGAGGCAGUCAUGAAGCACUUGUUGAUGUACAUCCUCAUCUCUCCAGUGGAUGCCGCCUUCUCGAGUUUCUUGGCCACAAAGUACAUUGGCUGGCCCAAGACGAAGGAUUUGCCAGCAGCGACUUCAGCGCCAGAUUCUGUGGAAAAGAGACAUCAAACUAAAGCUUUAGAGUCAUUCAAAUUAAGCAAUGCAGUUUCACAUAUGCCAUUUUGUAUGAAAAUGCAUGCUGCUUUUGCGCAGUGAUACAUUCCAGAGAACACUUUCAGUGCAUGCUAUAGUAUUGUGUAUAUACAUUUUUUUUUUUUUAAUGGAACCUGCAAAAAUCUUGCUAUGCUGGCAUAAAAAAAAUAAAUAGAGUUGAGAUAUCAAGUUUCUCCUGCUACUUUGCAUUUGUAGUGUCCUUUUCCAUUUAGGAAUUAAAGGGGCAAGAUCUCAAAUUAAGCUUAAAGCUGCCAAUAAAGUCAUUUGUCACACAA